AUGUUGAUCCUUCACUCAGUGAAGUACUCCUACACUGUCGGAGCAUUGAUCCUACAUGAGGUGAAGUACUCCUUCACUUUUGGAAUGCUGAUCCUUCACCAGGUGAAAUACUCCUUCACUGUCGGAACGCUACUCCUCCACCAGGUGAAGUACUCCUUCACUUUCGGAAUGCUACUCCUUCACCAGGAGAAGUACUCCUUCCCUGUUGGAAUGCUGAUCCUUCAUUGCGUGAAAUACACCUCCACUUUUGGAAUGCUACUCCUUCACAUGGUGAAGUUCUCCUUCACUUUCGGAACACUGCUCAUUCAGCAGGUCAAGUACUCCUUCACUUUCGGAAUGCUGAUCCUUCACUCGGUGAAGUAUUCCUUCACUAUUGGAGCACUAAUCCUAUAUGAGGUGAAGUUCUCCUUCACUUUCGGAAUGCUGAUUCUUCACCAGGUGAAGUACUCCUUCACUUUCGGAAUGCGGAUUCUUCAUCGGGUGAAAUACUCCUCUUUCGGAACACUGCUCCUUCAUCAGGUGAAGUAUUCCUUCACUUUACGAACGCUGAUCCUUCAGCAGGUGAAGUACUCCUUCACUUUUGGAAUGCUGAUCCUUCAUUGGGUGGAGUACUCCUUCACUUUUUUAACGCUGCCACUUCUCCUGGUGAAAUAUUCCUUCACUUUCGGAAUGCUGAUACUUCAUAAGGUGAGAACGCUACUCCUUCACCAGGAGAAAUACUCCUUCCCUUUCGGAAUGCUGAUACUUCAUCAGGUGAAAUACUCCUUCACUUUUGGAAUGCUACUCCUUCACACGGUGAAGUACUCCAUUUUCGGAACACUGGUCCUUCACCCGGUGAAAUACUCCUUCACUUUCGGAAUGCUGAUACUUAAUCAGGUGAAGUUCUCCUUCACUUUCGGAACACUGCUCAUUCAGCAGGUCAAGUACUCCUUCACUUUCGGAAUGCUGAUCCUUCACUCGGUGAAGUAUCCCUUCACUAUUGGAGCACUAAUCCUAUAUCAGGUGAAAUACUCCUCCACUUUCGGAACGCUACUCCUUCACCAGGUGAAGCACUCCUUCACUUUUGGAAUGCUGAUACUUCAUCAGGUGAAAUACUCCUUCAUUUUUGGAAUGCUACUCCUUCACACGGUGAAGUAUUCCUUCAUUUUCGGAACACUGCUCCUUCACCCGGUGAAAUACUCCUUCACUUUCGGAAUGCUGAUACUUCAUCAGGUGAAGUACUCCUUCACUUUUGGAACGCUGAUCCUUCAUUGGGUGAAGUACUCCAUCACUUUUGGAACGUUGAUCUUUCAUUGGGUGAAGUACUCCUUCACUGUCGGAGCACUGAUCCUACACCAGGUGAAGUACUCCUUCACUUUCGGAACGCUACUCCUUCACCGGGCGAAGUACUUCUUCACUUCGGAAAACUGCUCCUUCAUUUGGUGA